AUGGCGUACUUUGUCACUCGCUCAUGGUUCCAUUGCUGGACCUUGUUGGUCUCGCUUUCGUUACUGGUGACCUUCGUAAAUGCCCAGGCCCAGCCCACCGUGGUGAACGGCCAUCUCAUGAUCCCGUACACCGGCGAUGACGGAACGCAAUGGUUUAUGGACGAUAGAAGACCUUCGCUGUACACCCAGACGUUCGGAGACUGCCAGGGCGAUUCUCUGCUGAACGUCAGUCGCUUCGAUGCUGCCUACUACAAGGACAACAUGACCGUCCUCUUCCAUCUAGAGGGAAGUUCAGCACUGGCAAACGAGAGCGUCAUUCUUUACAUUGGAGUUUAUGCGUACGGAGAACCUAGGUUCAACCUGACUUUUGACCCAUGUUUCGCCAACAUUCAUAGCCUCUGUCCUAUGAAUGCUUCUGUACCAAUUCAGGCCAACGGCAUCAUCCCGGUAGCCCCUGCGGACGUUGCAAAUAUACCCCCGAUUGCGCUGUCCAUUCCAGACUUUGAAGGGCAGGCGAUCUUGCGUGUGUUUGCCAAUUCUACUCAAUCACAGAUUGGGUGUUUCUCAGCGGUCAUCACCAACGGUUCAUCCUUCUCGCAUCCCUCUGCCAUUGGUACGGUUCUGGGCCUCUUCGCCCUCAUAGCGAUGUUCUCCUCGGCUAUUGUCGCAAGUUUCGGAGCUAGCGUCACCGACACAAGGCAACACUUUGCUCACUCGCUCUCCGUGUCUGUAGUAUUCGCUGUGUUUCACCACAUCUAUUUUACAGGCGCACUUUCGAUGAACUGGCCUAGCGUCUUGGUUGCCUUCUGGAGCAACUACGCUUGGUCUGCUGGAAUGAUCCACAGUGAAUCCAUGCAGAAUAGCAUCAACAGUUUCAUCGGCAGCAACAGUGGUAACAUCAGUAUGGUCGGCUCGGCACCCGCUGGUCAGAACAACCCUGGACUCGGGGGAGGUUUCCAGAUUACGCAGAUCUACAAGCGUGCACUGGGUCUGACCGAAGUACUCUCAGGGGCAUCUGCUAACCUGUUUUCGAAGCGUGACGACACCGAACCCGUAUCUCAAUCUUCAUGGUAUGGUCAACCCGUCCGCCCCGGACUACCGCUUCCUGGGAACUACUCUGGUUUUGCUGGAACACUGGCACCCCACAAUAUUCCGGCCUCGAAUGCGUUCCUUACUGGCUUGCUGUGGUUCCUCAUCUUGCUCGUCAUCGUUGCGGGAGCUACGGUUCUCCUGAAAUGGUCGAUCGAAGCUCUGGUGAAGAUUAAGAUUAUCAGAACCCGCAAUCUCGACAGCUUUCGGAAUAACUGGUUGAAAUACACGGGAAUUGCACUGCUAAGAACCUGUUACAUCGCUUUCUUUCUGAUGCUGUUCUUAGCCCUGUUCCAAUUCACCCUGGGAGGCUCCGCUGGCGUCAUCGCGUUGGCCGCAGUCGUCUUUACCCUCUUCGUUGUUGGUAUGCUGGGAACCGCUGCAUAUGCGCUCUAUUACAGACUCCGCCAUCAACGCUUCGUGGCCCGAUCUGCGAGACUCAGUCUUGAGCACGGACCAACAGAAAGCGCUUCAUCGGUCGAGUCCAAGCCCGGCCGUCCUCGUAUCUCAAUACCCUUCCGGCGGUUUCAAUUCACCGACGUAGACUCUAAUCUUCCUCAUGUGCAUGAUGAUCCGGACUUUACGAGCAGGUUUGGCUGGUUAUCAGCACGGUUCAGGCGGAGUAAAUGGUGGUUCUUUGCUUUCUGGCUCGUGUACGAGCUUGUUAGAGCAUGCUUGUUCGGAGGAGCUGCAGGUCACGCUCAGACACAAGUCUUUGGUCUCUUGGCUUGGGAGAUCAUCUCACUUGUGGCUAUCGUCUGGAUGCGACCUUUCGAAAGCAACCGGCUCAAUUUCCUUAUGGUCUACUUCUUGGGAUUCAGCAAAGUUGUGACUGUCGCCCUCUCAUCGGCCUUUGACCCUCGAUUCGGCCUAGGACGGAUUCUUACCACCGUGAUCGGUGUCAUCAUCAUUGUGAUUCAGGGCCUCUUAACGAUCGUGUUGAUGAUCUUUGUCGUGCUUGGGGCCAUUUCAAGCUACAUGUCUGUCAUGCGCUAUCGUCAGGAGAUUCGCCCCCGUUCAUGGAACAAGCCACGAGAGCGGUAUUUUGAGCAUGUUGCAUUCAAAGCAACUGACAAACCACGCCCGCCACCGCCACCGCCACCACCAGCCCCCGAAUAUCCGAAGGAGCCUUACUUUUCUGUAACAGCAGUCCGACGUGAGCCGAAGAUUGAUGAAAACGAUGCCGAUAUUCAGGACGGCGAGGCCAAUGUCAGAGCAUCCACAGACGAUAAAGGAGGAAUCCAAGCGCCUUCGAGAGCAAUGUCGAUGCGAUCCAGUCACUCGAAUUUGCCGUAUGGUGCCCGAGGGCCUAGAAACAGCUGGUCCACGAGAGAUUUCGUUGAGCAUGAGCAAGACCAUCAGCCGCCCCCGGAGCUGCACCAACGCAUGAGUCAGGAAGUCGUUCGUGAUGUAAUCCAACGACACCGUGCAGCAAGUCUUCGAGGGCCACAUAGGGCUGGCGUCGAUGCCGCAGCAGGGUUCGCAGCCACUGCUCACAGAGCCACGGAAGGUAGGACGGGGCACCGUCGCACCGUGUCCAACCCGCUUCAGCCGAAACGGAACAGCUCAAUUGUUUUGGAGGGAGAUGAGUACGCGACUCCUCUCCAUAGAGAAGCUUGA